AUGGUAAGUCGUGUAACACUUUUGAUCUUUUUUGGUUUUAGUUGUACAAUAACGUUGAGAAUAGUUAAGAUUUAACAAGGGCUAAUAUUGGCAAAGUUUGAAAUAAAAUUUGGGUGUUGUUACCUAAAUUUGAUGUAGCUUAAAAUUAAGUUGUCGGAUUAGAUUAAAAUUUCGUUUGUACGUCGAUUUCUUAAUUAUGAAGACGUACGUAAAGUUUUGUAUAAUUUUAUUUUACCAAUUUGGAGAAAAUGCAUUUUUAGUAACGUUUGUAGAGUAACAUCUGAAUUUUGCCUACAUUGAUUUUUAAAGACUAGAUGACUUUAACUUAUAAAUUUAUAAGUCUAGGCAUUUUUUACAUUUUUGCUUCUAUAAUUUUUAAAUAAAAAUAUGCUUUUCUUAAGAUAGAUGCCUAGAAAUGAGAUUAUCACAAGCUUUGAAACACUUUACUGCGGUAAGUGUGCUGUUGCUUUCGUAUUUCCUGUACCAAAAGCUGAAGUCAUAUUAUUCUAUGCAGGCCGUAGCCACAUUCGUCGACGAAACCAUCAAGUACCCGUUGAAGCUGAUCGAGAAGACCAAAGUCUCUCCGGAUUCCUAUGUCUUCCGAUUUGAAUUACCUUCGGCCAAACACAUUCACGGGCUGAAGCCACAUCAACAUGUACGACUACAUGCCAACGUUAAUGGAGAAGAGAUCUCGAGAAAGAUGACGCCGAUCAGUGACAAUGAGAUCUACGGGUAUAUGGAUCUGCUGAUCAAGGUCUAUGACAAGACUGACCAAUAUCCAGAUGGUGGUCUCUUUACUCAGCAUUUAGACACUUUAAAGAUUGGUAAGUUAACUGGUUUUUUUUGUACUUCUAAUUAUGGCAUUUCUUAUGACAAGGAAAGUACCCUACCUGUCCGCUCAGAAUCAGCUCAAAAUUUCUAUAUGAAUUCUUUGUACCACCAAUGGUACCCAUAAAAAAUUUUAGCUCGCGCUCUUGAGGUUUAAAUUUAAAUUAUUUGGGUACCCCGCCAAUUUGGCAUUGUGUUUCAAGCACUUUUUCGGCUUUCCAGACAAGAUACGCUUACAAAUUUAAAAAUGUAGGUUUAUUUAAAGGUUUUCUACUAGUAUAUCAAAGAAAAAUUAUUAAAAGUCAAAACCUGACAGAGUUACAAGCUUGAAACACAAUGCCAAGUUGGCGGAAAAUUCAAAAUGGCAUUUUUUAAUCUCGAUUUUCUCGUGAUUUCCUGGAAAGCGCGAUUUAGUACUUUGCUGAAGAUCUUAUAUUUACAUGAUCUUUCUAUAUAAAAAGUUUGAAAUCAAUCAGAGCGGGGCAGGUCGGGCACUUUCCUUGUGAAUUAACAAUUUAUUAACUUAUUUUAACUGAAGUAAUAAUACCUUAUUAUAGGUGAAGACUUGAUCAUGUCAGGACCAGUUCACAAGCUUUACUACGAAGGCGAGGGUCAGUUUGCAGGAAGGAAAGUGAAACAUUUGGCCGGCCGAAAGUUCAAAAACAUAAUUUUAAUUGGCGGAGGAACCGGUAUUACUCCAUUGUGGCAAAUCUUGGCUCACAGUCUAAAAUACGAUAAGGAAGAUAUAAAUGUGUGGCUGUUGUUUGCCAACAGGACGCCUAAGGACGUUUUAAUGAAGUAAGUUAGUUUAUUAAUAGUAGUUUACAGGUUUUGGGAGCUUUUCUUAGUUUUUUUGGGCGAAAGUUAUGUUUGGGUAAAGUUUUCCUUUUUUGGGUCGACUUUUCCGCUGAUUAGGUAAUGAUGGAGAAAAAGUUUUAAAAACACUGUAAAUUAGCAAUUUUAGACUUAUGUUGUUCUUUGUUUGUUUUUUUGUAUACAUUUUUUAAACUAACGAGUUAUUCAUGUUGAACUUGUUUUAGAAAGGAGUUGGACGCUCUGGCAGCGGCCUAUCCUCGCUUCCAUGUCUGGUACACUGUCUCGACCCCAGACGAAGGCUGGCCAUAUUCAGUAGGAUACAUUACGAAGGAGAUGAUAGCUACACAUUUACCAAAACCAUCAGAUGACACGAUAACAAUCGUGGUGGGACCUCCGCCAAUGAAGCGAGAAGCUGUUUUUCCUGCCCUCGAGGCAUUGGGCUUUAAGGACGAGCUUAUUGUACGAUAA